AUGCGCUUCCUCUCGUCGCGUUGGUUUUUUUUGUUUGUGCAAUUUGACGAAAAUGAUAACUUUUGUGAUUCUGUGUGGCAUCAAUUAUGGAAUGGUUCGGAUGCAGUGACCUAAUAUUGUACUCGUUACACAAGGUGAGCAUUGAAUGAAUUUAUAAUUUAAUAUUACAGUAACGUAAAAGUAAAAUAGAAACGGUUGUUUGUGCUGCUUGAAGCAGGCACCGGGGCGGCCACGAGGCGAGCGGCAGCCCGGCAACUCGGCGAGGUACAGAAGGCACACCCCGAAGAGCUACACCGCUUACUCGGUCGACUUAUGAAACAUCUACGCUCGCCUGCGUGGGAAACCAGGAUCGCUGCAUCUCAGGCCGUUGAAGCAAUAUUAGCUAAUGUACCAGAAUGGCAGCCGCCACCGUUUACUGUGAUUAAGGAGGAGACGCUGGACCCGGACGACGGUGGGCGGUUGCGUUGUGAAACGUUUGACUUAGAACGAGUGCUGCAAGAUGGAGCUAGUCUGAUGGGCUCCGAAGGCAACGAGUACGAUAUGGAGGAGGAGGCGCUCUCCACUACAGAUUUAAAAGAGCGUAUCAGCAGACAACGGCAGCAGUUAAACGCUAAGUUGGGCUUGGACGUGGCACCACACUUGGGGGUAGACAUCAACGCCCUCUACACCAACGAAGAUCUUUGUCCCAUCAAGCCGGCCCCCAAGCCUGACUCACAAAAGAAGCCAGUCCAGGAGCUGGUGCCGUCGAAACCGCUGAGCUCGCGCGAGAUGAAUCUGGCCAAGCGGAAGGCCCGGCUCGCGUUCAGUAAACAGAAGUCUCGAGACUGCAGCGAGGAGGGCGGGCCCUCCGCGCCCCCCACCCCUCCCAUAGAACCGGACCGGAAGAAGAUAAAGACUGAACCUAACGUCGACGACUACCUGGCGGAGAGCGCGGGCGGGGGCGCGGGCGCGGUACCGGACUGCGCGGGCGCGUGGGGCGCGUGCGCGCGCUGGCCGCUGGAGCGCUGGAGCGCGGCGCUGCGCGCGCAGCUGUUCAGCGCCGCCUGGGAGGCGCGCCACGGCGCCGCCAGCGCGCUGCGCGAGCUGCUGCGCGCGCGCGUGGCCAGCACGGCUGGCGUGCACGCCGGCAUGACCACCGAACAGAUGGAAGACGCCCACCAGGAAUGGCUCGAGGACAUCGCGCUGCGGUUGAUCUGCGUCCUGGCUCUCGACAGGUUCGGCGAUUUCGUGUCCGAUCAGGUGGUGGCACCGGUGCGCGAGACGUGCGCGCAGACGCUGGGCGUGGCGCUGGCGUGCAUGCGCGUGCGCCGCGUGCGCCUCGUGUGCGCGCUGCUGGCCGCGCUGGCGCAGCAGCCGCAGUGGGAGGCCCGCCACGGCGCGCUGCUCGCCUACAAGUACCUGCUGGCCGCCAGGAAGGAGACCGGUCUCGAGUGUGGCGCGGUGGAGCAGCUGGUGCGCGGGCUGGAGGACGACGCAGAGGACGUGUCGGCGGCGGCGGCGGCGGCGCUGACGGCGCACGCGGGCGCGGCCAGCGGCAGCGCGCGGGCGCUGGCGGCGCGCCUGUGGGCGCUGCUGCGGGACCAGGACGAGCUGGCCGCGCCCGCCAACGCCUACCUGGCGCUGCUCGCGGCGCUGUGCACGCACACGCGCGCCGCCACACACAUGCAGUACGUAUACACACCACACCACACCACCCACCGCACCGCACCUCUUGCCCCCAUCGACUUGCCCGACGUCCUCCCCCGCCUGUGGCCGUACCUCGACCACUCGACCAGUUCGGUCCGCAAAGCGGCGCUGCAGACGCUCAGGACCCUCACGAGACCUCUGGUGACGGAAACCAAUGGCACCAGCAACGGGAACGGUUCCACCGACUCCCGCGAUCUGAACGGCAAGGAGGAACAGUACCUGGCGUGGACUCCUGAACUGCUGCAGGAAGCUAUGAGACACGUUUACCAGAGAAUUUUGUUCGAACAUGUCCAUGAUAUACAAGAAAUUGCGCUGCAGGUGUGGGAGAACUUCCUGCGGCACGCGUCGCUGGGCGCGAUCCUGGUGGCGGCGUGCCCCGUGCUGGCCACGUGGAUGUGCCUGGCGAUGCAGCCCGCGCGCGCGCCCGUCGACUGCGCGCUGCUGCUGCGCCCGCCGCUGCAGGCUUGUAGUGCUGAUGCUCGUCUUGUCGUACUAGGUUUGGCAGCUCAUUACUGGGAGCGUCGCGUGCGCAGCGGUCAGUCGUGCGAGGGGGAGGCGCGCGUAGCCCAGAAGUGGUACGUGGGCGGCAGCGAGGCGCAGCCCUGCCAUCUGCGGGACAGGAACGUCACCCGUGCACGCUGUCUCGCCGCGCAGGCACUCGGUUUCUUAUCGUGUUACCUAGUACAACCGGCGCCUGGAAUAGAGUACAAACCCGAAGACGAAAGUCCUAUAGACUGUUAUGUUAAGGUGAUGGUGGUGUACCUGCGGUCGGGCAGCGCGCUGCAGCGGCUCGUGGCCGCGCUCGUGGUCUCCAUGUGGGCGCGACACACGCGCACGAGGCGACUGUUCCCCCCCACCAUACAACAACACCAGAAUGAGAACGAGGACAUGUCAGAGGAGGACAGUCAUAUAUCUAAACUGGCACCUCCCCUCCUGGUCAGCACUCUGCAUGCGGCGCUCAAUCAGACUCUCUACUACGACGAAGUGGCUAUAAACUGUAACAGGCAAAGUGGAUCAGAUGCAUUCACACACUUAUGUGUUCACCGCCAUCCAUUCCACAUGUGUCCGCUCGCCGCUGAGCGAAUACUGCAAGAAGCUCGUGAUCUCCAUGCUAUGAUGAAGCAUUACAAACUGCCAGUAGACACUGAAGAGUUCAAUAAUAUACUAAGGCUGGAGCAGGUGUCCCAGCUGACGGAGGUGUCGGGCGCGCUGGUGGCGGCCAUGAAGGUGAAGCGCGUCGCGCACACGCUGGAGGAGCGCCGCGCCGCGCUGCACGCCGCCGUGGCGCAGUGCUGCGCGGAACAGAACACGCUCAACGUGCAAGUGCAAGCGGCUCUGGCGGGCGCGUGCGCUAACCUCCACUGCCUGCCGGAGAAGCUGAACCCCGUGAUCCGGCCGCUGAUGGAGAGCAUCAAGAAGGAGCCCUCCGAGGAGCUGCAGCACCACUCCGCCGCCACGCUUGCCGAGCUGCUGGAGCAGCUGGUCACCAGAGACCCCUGCCCCAACAAUAAAGUACUCGUCAAUCUGAAGGCGUUCCUCAGAUGUGAUCCCGAGGUGACACCGCGCGUGUCACUCGAGUGUUCUGACGACGGCGACUCCGCCAGCGACAGCGGCCCCGAGGCGCAGCACGCGCCCACCACGCUGCCCGCGCUGGACAGGUACAAGGGUAUACUGACCCUGCGUGAACAGCAGCGCCAGGCGGAGGCGGGCACCCCGCGGCGCGGCCGCCCCCCCGCGCACCAACAACAAGCGCUGCAGCUGAUAAACCACGAGGACGAGGUACACUACACUACACUACACUAUCACUACACUACCCUACCACUACACUACCCUACACUACACUACAACUCGCAUCUAAAUAACACAGGCGAAGUACAAAGUGCUGAACAAAUCGAAGCCCAUAAAAUACUCAAGAUACAGAGGAGAGGGGCCACGUUGGCGCUGGUCAGCCUGACGAAACAUUUUAACAACGAACUACCAGAAAAACUCCCCAAGUUAUGGGAAUUCAUAAUUGAACCUCUCGACAGGGUCAUGACUGACGCUGGUCAAUCAAUGUUCGGAAAGCGGAUACGAUUCUUUAAGUUACAAGAGUGCACUCGUGAUUUAGAGUUGGAGAGCGCGGACGUGGAGGCGACGGAAGAGAUGAUAUCGCGACUGCAGGUGUUCGAGGCGGUGUGCGCGCACCUGGGCGGGCAGCUGUGGGCGCGCGUGGGCGGGGGCGGCCCCCGCGCGCUGUGCGCCCUCACCCGCGCUCUGCACACCGCGCUGCGGCACAUGGCCGCGCGCGCACUGGCCGCCGUGGCCGCGCGCCAGCCCGCCGCCGCCAUGCACGCCGCCAUACACGAGCUGGUGCCCGGGCUGGGCGAGGUGCGGUGCGAGCGCACGCGGUGCGGCGCGGCGGAGGCGCUGUCGCGUGUGGUGGACGCGCUGCAGCUGCAGGUGGUGCCCUACAUCGUGCUGCUGGUCGUGCCGCUGCUCGGUCGCAUGAGCGACCACUGCGAGGCGGUCCGCGUGAUGUCGACGCGUUGUUUCGCGAGUCUCAUCCAGCUGAUGCCGCUGGACGGCGCCGUGCCGGAACCGCCGGACCUGUCGCCGGACAUGCGCGAGCGCAGGAAUAGGGACAAGAACUUCCUCGAUAAAUUGUUCAACCCCAAGACUAUAGAAAAUUACAAGAUACCCGUGCCGGUGACCGCCGAUCUCAGGACAUAUCAGCAGGCGGGGGUGAACUGGCUCCGGUUCCUGUACUCGUACAAGUUGCACGGUGUGCUGUGUGACGACAUGGGGCUCGGCAAGACGCUGCAGUCCAUCGUGGCCGUCGCCUCCUCGCACUGGGAGCGGGCCCAGACCCGCGCCCCCUCACUGCCUUCGCUCGUCGUCUGCCCGCCCACGCUCACCGGUACACUACACUACCCUACACUACACUACACUAUACUCACACCCUGCAGUCCAUGGUGGCCGUUUCCUCUUCGCACUGGUAGUGAGCCCAGACCUGCGCUCCCUUACUGCCCACGCUCACCAGUACAUUACUGUCAUUGGGUAUUCGAAGUGAACAAGUUUAUACCGAGCAAUUUUUUGAAGCCAUUACAAUAUGUGGGCCCUCCGAUAGAAAGAGAGCGGUUGCGAGCUCACGUGAAACAUCAUAACCUCAUAGUGGCCUCCUACGAUAUUGUACGAAAGGAUAUAGAUUUCUUUAGCAGCAUCAAAUGGAACUAUUGUGUCCUAGAUGAAGGACACGUCAUCAAAAACGGGAAGACGAAAGCGUUCAAAGCUAUAAAACAGUUGAUCGCGAACCAUAGACUGAUACUGUCCGGAACGCCUAUACAGAACAACGUGCUGGAGCUGUGGUCCCUGUUCGACUUCCUGAUGCCGGGCCUGCUGGGCACGGAGCGGCAGUUCACGGCGCGCUACUCGCGGCCCAUACUGGCCGCGCGCGACCCGCGGGCCAACCCCGCGCAGCUGCAGGCCGGCGCGCUCGCCUGCGAGGCGCUGCACAGGCAGGUGUUACCGUUCCUCCUGCGACGUGUGAAGGAAGACGUACUGAAAGAGUUGCCUCCGAAGAUAACGCAGGACUACUACUGCGAGCUGAGCCCUCUGCAGCGGCGGUUGUACGAGCACUUCUCGCGCGACCACAUGCCCGACGACGUCACCAGUCGCACGCACGUGUUCCAGGCGCUGCACUACCUGCAGAACGUGUGCAACCACCCCAAGCUGGUGCUGACCGCGGAGCACCCCGAGUACGAGCGCGUGACCGGCCUGCUGCAGCAGCAGCGGUCCACGCUCGACGACAUCCAGCACGCCGCCAAGCUGCCCGCCCUCAAACAGCUCCUUUUGGAGUGCGGCAUCGGCGGGUCGUGCGCUGAGGGCGGGGGCGGGGGUGGGCCGGGGGGCGGGGGCGCCGCCGCGGACGUGGGCGAGGUGGUGGCCGCACAUCGCGCGCUGGUGUUUUGCCAGCUGAAGCGCAUGCUGGACAUCGUGGAGCGCGACCUGCUGCAGCGGCACCUCCCCUCCGUCACGUACCUGCGCCUGGACGGCUCCGUGCCCCCCCCGCAGCGACACGCCAUCGUCAGCGCCUUCAACGCUGACGUCACCAUCGACCUGCUGCUGCUCACCACCGCGGUGGGUGGUCUCGGCUUGAAUCUGACCGGUGCGGACACUGUGAUAUUUGUUGAGCACGACUGGAACCCCAUGAAGGAUCUGCAGGCGAUGGACCGCGCCCACCGCAUCGGGCAGCGGCGCGUCGUCAACGUCUACCGGCUCAUCACCAGGGACACGCUCGAGGAGAAGAUCAUGGGCCUACAGAAGUUCAAGCUGAUGACGGCGAACACGGUUAUCAGCAGCGAGAACGCGGCCCUCGAGACCAUGGGCACCGACCAGUUACUGGACCUGUUCCAGCCCCCCGGGACAGCACCCAAACCUUCAUACAACUCCUUCCAGCUUGAUGCCUCGAACCCGGCACCAGAGCUGCCACCCGACCUGUGGGACGACGCUCAGUACGAGGAGGAAUAUGAUAUGACAUCUUUCAUCAAAAGCCUCAACAAGAUCGGAUCCUAA